UCUCCACUGCAAAUCAAGGGACAGAGAGGGUUUUAUUUAGAUCAGGAGCAGGUAUCUACCUACUGCAAAUGGAGACAGUAGGAAAGUGUGAUUCAAAUGCAUCCUACGAUAAUUAGGUCUUUGUUGUCAGUUAAUAGAUAAUCCUCUCUGCUGACGAGAAUACAUUAGUUUGGAACAAAUGCUUACUAGUGUGAGCGCUGGAACGGGCAGUGACUAACAAGCUUCUGAAAUUUGUUAUGUCAGGAAGGAGGAGGAACUUAAACCGAGAGCUCUCGCUUUUCCCCGAGAAAGAAAACACUGAGCAUACAUGUGUGAUCUUGUGCUCCAAAGCUGGCAAGAUAUUGCUUCAUAAAGACGGGCAUUUGGGUUCUUGGUUGUCCUGUGGUGUAUUGAAAGAGUUGCUCCUGAAUACAGCUGUUGCAUUGGUGAAAUUAAGGGAAGAGAACAAAACAGCCACAACAAAAAUGCUGGAAGUGAAACCUUGCUCAACAUUUACUUAAUGUUCAUCAAUGAUUACAAAGUCAAGCACAGUUCAUUGCAAGGCACUCAGAAAUCUCUUUUAAGAUGUAUUUUGUUCUCAGAAGAUGCUGUCUAGAUUAAAUGUUGGGGGAAUGACUGAUUAAGAAAGCGACAUUUGGCAUCCAUCUCACUCCAGCAUGUCCCUCUGUGCAUCGUCUCACAAGGAAUGUUCUCAUUUGCCACCAAUUCAAGAACUCGGAUGUAGUAAAAGAGAAGCCAAAAGCGCCAUCUCUGAGCAGAGCUCUCCCAUCCCUUUCAGCUGCAGCCAGGCUGCUCUGACUGUGGAACACAGCCCGAUCUACAUUCCAUCCUGUUAUAUGGAGAACAGACCGGACUACUCAGCCAUGGCUUUCUACAGCCCUUCGAUGAUGAAUUAUAACAUUCCGGCCAAUUUCAACGAUUCAGAAAAUGCCACUUUAAGGCAGGCGGCGAGUCCGAGCAUGUUGUGGUCCAGUUCCGGUCACAUCUCUCCUCUGACAGUUCACUGCCAAUCAUCGGUUUUAUAUGCAGAGCAACCAAAAAGCCCUUGGUGUGAAGCCCGACCUGUGGAUCACGUCUUGCCUAUUCACAGAGACACCCUGAAAAGAAAAAACAGCAGCAGUGAUUGUACCAGUCCCACCACAAACAGCCCUGGUUCAAAAAGAGAUGCACAUUUCUGUGCUGUAUGUAGCGAUUAUGCCUCUGGAUAUCAUUAUGGGGUUUGGUCAUGUGAAGGCUGUAAAGCCUUCUUCAAAAGAAGCAUCCAAGGGCACAAUGAUUAUAUUUGUCCAGCGACAAACCAAUGUACAAUAGAUAAAAACAGACGCAAAAGUUGCCAGGCCUGCCGACUCCGGAAAUGUUAUGAAGUAGGGAUGAUGAAAUGUGGUUCAAGAAGAGAGCGUUGUGGGUAUCGUAUUGUUCGCCGUCAUCGCAAUCCAGAAGAUUUGGUGCAUUGUGUAGGCAAAGGGAAAAAGAAUAACGACAGUAUCACCCAAGCAAAAGAAGCCCUGGGCAAUGCAAUAAGCCCAGAACAGUUUGUCUCCAUAUUACUUGAAGCUGAACCACCAAAUGUGUUGGUGAGUCGCCCCAACAGGCCAUUUACCGAAGCUUCCAUGAUGAUGUCCUUGACGAAACUUGCAGACAAAGAAUUGGUCCAUAUGAUUGGUUGGGCGAAAAAAAUCCCUGGCUUCAUAGAGCUGAGUCUAUAUGAUCAAGUAAGGCUUUUGGAAAGCUGUUGGUUGGAAGUAUUAAUGGUGGGUCUAAUGUGGAGAUCCAUUGAUCACCCAGGGAAGCUCAUAUUUGCACCAGAUCUUGUCCUUGACAGGGAUGAGGGAAAAUGUGUAGAAGGAAUUUUGGAAAUCUUUGAUAUGCUCUUGGCAACAACUUCAAGGCUUCGAGAGCUGAAAUUGCAGCACAAAGAAUAUCUCUGUGUCAAGGCAAUGAUUCUUCUCAAUUCCAACAUGUAUCCACUGUCAUCUGCUACAGAAGAACCUGAAAGCAACAAAAAACUGAGCCAUCUGCUAAACUCAGUGACAGAUGCGUUGGUGUGGGUCAUUGCAAAGAGUGGGGUCCCUUUACCCCAACAAACAACUCGCUUGGCAAAUUUGUUGAUGUUACUUUCUCAUGUUCGGCAUGCAAGUAACAAAGGGAUGGAGCAUCUUCUUAGUAUGAAGUGCAAGAAUGUAGUACCAGUCUACGAUUUGUUGCUGGAGAUGCUCAAUGCUCACACUGUCCGUAGCCACAAGAAAACACCCGUCUCCAAUCUUGAGAAUAGCCCAUUGGAACCAGCAGAGACAACAGAUGAAGUCCAGCAGUGAUUUCACAGAAGUCCAAAUCCAGGAAAAACCCAAAGAAAAAAAAAGAAUGAAAGAAAUAUCCAGAUCAAAACUUUGGAUAUUUGCUGUUAAGAAAACUACGGCAUCAUUACAAUUUUUACUGGACCAUUUGUUAAUCUUUUUCAGACUGAAUGUUGUCUGUCAACUUAGACAGUUUUAGAAAAGCCCCAUGUGGUUGGAACUGAACAACCAGCUGAUGAUUUGUGGUUUUAUCAAAUGUUGCAUUUCUGGAGUGCCUUCUACCAUAGAGGAGACUAUUUAACUGCCAAAACAGCCUUAAGCUUCAUGGUAUCCUAGGUAGAUGCCAAUAUAAGCUUCUUUUCUUUUCUUUUUUUAAAGGAGAGCUGGACAACUCAAAAACCUAAAAUCUCACAAUGAAUAUCUGUCAGGGCAGAAAGAGAGGCAACUUCUGAUAAGAAACUGAAUAGCUUGACAUGACGCUGUUCAUCAAUGCAUCAAGCUGCACAUUACAGCAAACAGGAAAAACUGCUUGCAUUAAAAAUGCAUGUCAUUCAGCUUAUUAAUUGCAACGGACAUUUAAUAUGGUUUUCCAUUGUGCAAAUGUACUUUAGAUAAGUUAGUAAAGGGGAAUGAUGAGCAGGUCUUCAUAUUUAAUUGCAAAGCCUGGGUUUGGAGAGCUCAUUUCUAGAUUCAUUCGGAUAAAAUGAACUGGCAGCAUUUUAAAGCCCCAGUUUGUCUUGACUGCUAUCUAAGCAUUUACCAUGCAUUUGAGUUCUAUGUUCAAGUACCUGUGGCUUUAUUUCCUCUUAGAAACUUGUACAAUAUACUGCUAUUGUUGUGAAGGAA